CGCCGCCCGGGCUCUCCGCAGCCCGCUUCCUUGAGGAUGUGCAACGCGACGCUGGUGAGUUGCCACGUGGACUCCAAGAUCGACCACCUCUUCCCUCCGGCGCUGUACAUCGCCGUCAUCACCGUGGGCCUGCCCACCAACUGCCUGGCCCUGUGGGCCGCCUACCUGCAGGUGCGCCAGAAGAACGAGCUGGGCGUCUACCUGAUGAACCUCUCCGUGGCCGACCUGCUCUACAUCGCCACGCUGCCGCUGUGGAUCGACUACUUCCUGCACCACGACAACUGGAUCCACGGGCAGCAGUCCUGCAAGGUCUUCGGCUUCAUCUUCUACACCAACAUCUACAUCAGCAUCGCCUUCCUGUGCUGCAUCUCGGUCGACCGCUACCUGGCCGUGGCGCACCCUCUGCGCUUCGCCCGCUUCCGCCGGGUCAAGACGGCCGUGGCCGUCAGCGCCACGGUGUGGGCCAUCGAGAUCGGGGCCAACUCGGCGCCGCUGUUCCACAACGAGCUCUUCCACGACCGCUACAACCACACCUUCUGCUUGAGAAAUACCCCAUGGAGGAGUGGGUGGCGUGGAUGAACCUCUACCGGGUCUUCAUCGGGUUCCUCUUCCCGUGGACGCUGAUGCUGUUCUCCUACCGGGGAUCCUGCGCGCCGUUCGGGGGAACAUCUCCACCGAGAGGCAGGAGAAGGCCAAGAUCAAGCGCCUCUCGCUCAGCCUCAUCGUCAUCCUGCUCUUCUGCUUCGCCCCGUACCACCUCCUCCUCCUCUCGCGCAGCGCCGUGCACCUGAGCAAGCCCUGCGACUGCGGCUUCGAGGAGACGGUCUUCGUGGCCUACCACACGGCGCUGGCUUUCACCAGCCUCAACUGCGUGGCCGACCCCAUCCUGUACUGCUUUGCCAACGAAGGGGCCCGGGGCGACGUGGCCAAAGCCCUCUCCACCUUGCUGCGCUUCCUGGCCAGCUCCAAGCCCCGAGAGAUGGCCAACGCCUCCCUCACCCUCGACACCCCUCUCUCCUCCAAGAAGAGCAGCUUCUGCCGGCAGCCGCUGGCGCUCCCCAUGCCCACCUUGCAGGGGGGCCCGCGGGGACGAGGAGCUCCAGAUGAAGAUACUGACUUUCGAACGCUGAACGCUCGGAGCUGCGUCUGGACGACGCAGAGGCCCCGCUGGCAACUCGCCGGGGCAG